AAUCACACCAUGAUCACCUCGGUUGAGAUGGACGUUGUUCAACAGGACGCCAAGAAGGCGCAACCACCAGUUGAGGAGAAGACGCCACAAGAGAAAGAAGAAGAGAAGGCAUUGCGUGAAUUCCCCUUCUACCAUGGUUUUCUUCCGCGAGAGGAUUUGCUUUUUUUGCUGAAGAAUGAAGGAGAUUACCUCCUGCGUAUCAGUGAAGUCGGCGGUGGGGACAAGACGCUGGAUGCCGAUUUGGCGGUGAGCAAAAGAGCGAUCAUUCUAUCCAUCUUAACAGAACUAUUGCCUGGAGACACCGUUGCGUCUAUGAUACCAGCAAAUGUUCAGCUGAAGUUGAAAAACGUGAUCAUCCGAAAACAUAAUGCUAAAUACUAUGUAGAGACAAGCAAGUUAUUUGACUCAUUGAAGGAACUCGUAACUCAUUAUCAGAAAAAUUUUGGAUACUUGAAUAAGGCUAAGUUUUUAUUGAAAACCCCAAUCACGCAGCAGCGGUGGGAGUUUAUGCACAGUGAGGUACAAGUCGGUAAGCUUAUAGGAGAAGGUGCUUACGGAGAAGUAAGAGAGGGAGUCAUAAAGAAACGAAACCAGGCACUUGAAGUAGCAGUCAAAUUGACAAAAGGAACUGGAGAAAUGAGUAAGGCAAAGAUAAAAGAAAUGAUGAGGGAAGCUCGACUGAUUAGAAAUUUCAAACAUAAAAAUAUCGUGCGAUUGUAUGGAGUUGCAGUAGAUGAACAGCCGUUAUAUAUAUUGUUAGAGCUUGUCAAAGGUGGUGCAUUAAAUGUCUAUCUUCGCGUCAAUGCCGAUAAAGUAAAGACCCAAGAACGAAUGUCUAUGUGCCGUGACGCCGCACACGGUGUUGAAUAUCUGCACAAGCAAAGCUGUAUACACAUGGAUUUAGCUGCACGAAAUUGUCUUUAUUCGGAGGAUAAAGUGGUUAAAAUUAGUGAUUUUGGUUUAUCGCACGUUGGAUCUACUUACACAAUAAGGUCAGCUAGAAAAUUACCCAUAAAGUGGUUGGCACCAGAAACCAUAACCACGUUCACGUUUUCCCUAAAAACGGACGUCUUUACGUUUGGCGUAAUGAUAUAUGAGAUUUUUACUAGUGGAUGUGAGCCCUGGGAAAGUUCUUCUAAUGCGGAAGUAAAAAGAGGGCUAGUCGAAGGAAAGUUUCUUAAAAUGCCGGAUAUCUGCCCCGAAUCCUUUCGAACAUUUAUACAUGGUCGCAUAUUUGUGAAAGAUCCUAACAACAGAGCAACUAUGAGCGAGGUGUGCGCUUUUAUCAGGAAAUAUUAUCAAGAUCAAGCUUUGGCCGCCUCUCCGCACCAGACACAUACGGACAGGGAUGAGUACGAAAAGUCUCUAUUUGAACGCCUUGUGAGCGAAAGCCCACCCAAGGCUAAAACUGGAGGUGAAGAUAAGGAUAAGGAUGCUAACGGAAAGGAUGCUCCAGAUAAGAUUAGAUUCAAGAAAACUAAGGGAUUCUAUCAUAAAGCAGGUUCAAAAAGGAGAUGAAUUCUGUACAGU